AGGAAAUGUUCUUAUAAAAUACUUUGAAUGAAUAUAGAUCAUUCACAAUAUCAAAGGGAUGCAUUUUGGUUUGGAUGCGACCUAAAUUUGCUUCAAUUCACGACUAGGUGGAUUCAGGUUAAAUCAAGUCCAAAGGGAUUGGAGUUCGAUACUAAAACCUAUUGUUUAAACUAAAAUUUGCCUUCAUGAGGCAUGUUCAUUCGGAUUCAUCCACAUCCUCCUCGACCAUUUGGUUAUGAUCCGGAACCCAUGCUCAAAUUUGCCGGUUUGGUAGGGGCCUAAUACUGGCCGGGUAUCUAGGGUUUGGGUCUAAAUCGGGUGCGAUAUGAUUUGGAUCCUGGCGUGCCCAUUUACCCAACCCACUUGCACCCCACCAUUAGGCAAGGGUCAGCCCUCCUUCCCAAACCCUAUACAAAAUUCCCACACCCAGAACCCAAACAAUUCCUAUCAUCUGCUCCUUUUAGUCUAUUAUGAGCUUAGUUUUGCACCCCAUCUCAUCUCCUUCCAAGAAAUAAUGACACAUCAUGAGCUUGGGCUCCUCAUCCACCCCUCUCCCUCUCCCACCCCUCUCCCUCUCCCCUCUUUCUCUUCAAAGAAAAGCAAGGAGACUCCGACUCCAAUCCUCCUCUUUUCUUCCCUCUCCCAGGCCUCGAACCAAGCGCCCCAACCGCCUCCGCCCCAAUCUCCCCAAAACCCUAAUCCCCAAACCCCAAUCCCCACCUCCGCCGCCCCCUCGGCCCCUCCCUCCUCCGACUCCCGAUGAAUCCCCCGCCGCCCACCCCGUCGUCGUCGUCGUCGAAGGAGAGGUGGAAGCUGUCGAGGGAACGGUGCGGGCGGCGGAGGGAGUCGUCCCGUUCCCUCCCGCCGGCCGCCGAUUGUUCCCGGGACCGGUCCUCGACCUCGUCUUCCGGUUUGCCGCCCUUUUCGCGGUGCAGACGGUUGUUGCCGUCUGGUUCCUAGGCGGCGAGAGCGUCGAGGAGAGCGGGGGACGUGAGGAGCAGGGGAGGAAGACGAUGAAGGUUGAGAAGGCGGAGGCGGAGGGCGUGGGGGAGUUUGAGAGGAUGGUGCUGGAGAUCAGGGCGAUGGCGAAGGAGGCGAGGGAGAGCGACAGGAAGGAUCUUGCUGAGGGGAAUAGAGUCAAGGAGGAGGUUGGCCGGGGGAUUGGCCGCUUGAGAAAGAGUUUUUCUCAGGUUAUUUUGGAUGAGAAUGAUUCUUCUUCUUCUUCCAAGGGUAGGGAUGGGAAGAAAAGUGGAGGGAAAUCGAACGAGAAAAGAAAGCUUGGAUUUUUGAGCUCCGUUGCGAAGAAUCGGAAUGUUCCAAAGGGGUUUAAUGGGUCAAAGGGGAAGGAUGAGUCUGUUGAUGGUGGCAUUGGUGGUAUUCAACAGCUUGCUCAUCAAAAACCUGGGAAGGAACCCUCAAUACUGAAUGAGCAAGGGAAGAAAAGAGCAUGUGGCUCCGAGAUGACCAAAACGUUUGCUGAUGUGGAGAGUUAUACAGUUUCAUCAACUCAAGGAACUGAAAGAUUAGAAGAUGGUCAUGGCACUUCUUUUAGUAGAACCAGAAACAGUAGAAGCAACCCAGAUUAUAUUGAAGGGGAUUUGUCUCCCGAGUUUAGCAGUUCCACAUAUGCUGUAUAUGAUUCUAGAAGUUAUACUCAAGCAGAUAUAUCAAAGGAGGCUUCUCUGAUGGAAAGCAAAUCCAUGCUGGAGAUGCAGAAUGACAAAAGUUCCAUGAAGGCAAAUGGAGAACCCUCUGUUAUAAACAGAAACGUCAGUGAGAAAGAAGAGCGGGAUUCGCAAACUAAACAAGUUGAACACAAGUCAGUUGUUAAUGAAGAAAAAGAUAGCCAGUUUGAUAAAGGGCACAAUCUGUGGUGGUUGAAACUUCCUUAUGUUCUAGCUAUUUUUCUAUGCAGAGGUUCUGAUGGCAAUGGCCCAAAAGGACUCUACUCCUUACAGAUGAACUCUUCGUCAGAUGAUGGGAAUUUUACAUCUUAUACUGUUGCUUUUCAAGAUCGUGGUGAUGCAUCAAACUUCUGCUACUUAGUGGAGUCCUUUUUUGAAGAGUUGGGUGAUGUCAGUGCUGACAUUGUUCCUCUGACUAUUCAAGAACUUGACGAGGCAGUAACGGCGGGUGAAUUUAAGGUGAUUGUUGUUAGAAAGGGCCAACUUCAUUUGUAUGCUGGACAGCCUCUUGCUGAAGCAGAGACUGCAUUGCGUUCUUUGUUAGACUAGACUUGAGAGAUUGUAGGGGAAAAAAAUAGUGGUAGGAGAUUUUGAACUGUAAAGGGCAGCGACGGGAUCAUUGUAUUGAUACAAGUUACAAAAUUGGUUUUCUUGUGGUUGACACCAUUGUUUUAACUGAGAUUUGUGCGACAGAAAAUUAUUUCUAUUCGCAGAAUAUUGAUGUCUAUAAAUGGCUUGAUCUCCUCAUGUAGCAGCAGUAGCCCGUACCCAUGAUCUCAAAAUAACAUUUUUGCUGAGCAAAUAUAUCAUGUCAAAGUAUCAAAUGAAAUAUAUUUCAUGAUAUUCGAAACAUUUUUUGCAAGAUUUAUAUUGUAGCAAGUGCAAUUAUCUUGAU